AUGGUCAAACUCGAAGAAGUCUCGCUCGAUCACGUUGAGGAGGAGGAAUACACCGACACCGACUCCUCUUCCGUCUACUCCGACGACGACGACGAGGACGACGUCGAUAACAUCGAGUCGAUCCUCGAUCGUGUCUGGGCCCUCCAGGACGUCAUCCCCGCAAAGACUCGCAGGUCCAUCGCCGACAAGUGCUCAACCGUCUACGGAUGGGGAAAGACCUCCGCCAACUUCCUCGGAAACUCGGCCUGGGUCCUCACCACCUCCGCUCUCCUCCUCGUCUUGCCUCUCAUGAUUGAGCUCGAGCACGAGCAGGGUCUGAUCGAGUACGAGAAGAUGCAGCAGCAGUCCACCCAGAUGCUCUCCCAGCCCGCUGGACAGCAGAAGAAGCAGGCCGCUGGCAUUGUUCCUCCCGGCUUCUAA